AACUGCGAAGGCACAAAUUCGACGUCGAAGACGAACAAGAAAAUGCUCCCACUCUGGAUGGCAACGCAUCCUGAAUACCUGCAGAAUCUGCGGACUCGUCGAGUGUAUCCACUCACUCUCGGUGCUCGGAACAGGAAGAAAUUCUUGCCUGUCCUGUCGCACAGCUAGCUACUUCAUUUCAUGUAGGGCUGUGGCAGGGAGUGCGUAGGUUUCAUGGUGUGUUGUGUAGUGUUGUGGUAGUGGUGGUGGAAUUGCGGAAGUGUUGUUGGAAUUGAGAGCGUGGAGGCGUGGAAGAGAAGAAAAGAGAGCUGAAGCGGCUCGCUAGGAGUCCCCCCCCUUCUUUUUUUUGUUUUCGUUUGUGUUGGUUUAGAGAUGGUAGCAGUGAUGGUGAUGAGCUCGAUGGGAGUGGCAUCUCGGUCUUCUUCAUCUUUGGUUGUAGAUGCUGCUGCUGGUAGUGCUUCGUCUCCCUUGUCUGACUCGUGCGGGUCCUCGCGGUGCUGUUCGAAGUUGCGGUUCCCUGCGACGACGCCUGGAACGCUGACCUCCCGUGCUGCGCUCAGCAGCAGAGUUCGGGAGUUGUCGUCUAUGGUGCUGCGGGGCGGCAAGGAAGUGGUUGCUUGGCCGAGGGUGAGCUCGGCGAUGGUGAGCUCGACUGUGGACUUGGAUGCGCGGCGGCCGGAGGUUGAGGCUUCAAUCGACGAAGCUUUGGGCAAUUGCAUUACUGAGAGCUUUCUGAACGACGCAAUUCCUUCGCUUGGACCAAAGAUUCGCGGCAAAGUCAGAGAUAUUUACGACGCCGGGGAUUAUAUGGUGCUAGUGACCACUGAUAGACAAAGUGCAUUCGACCGCAUUCUCGCCUCUGUUCCUUUCAAGGGCCAGGUGUUGAAUCAGACAAGCAUCUGGUGGUUUAACAAUACCAAGCACAUUACUGACAAUGCGAUUGUCAGCGCUCCAGACCCGAAUGUCACUAUUGCUAAGAAGUGUACGGUUUUUCCGGUCGAAUUUGUAGUAAGAGGAUUUGUGACUGGUAGCACAAGCACUUCACUAUGGACAGUUUACAACCAGGGUGUCCGCAAUUACUGUGGCAACGAGCUUAAAGAAGGAAUGAAGAAGAAUGAGAAGUUGGAAGCUAAUAUAUUGACUCCUACCACUAAGGCUGCUGACCACGACCUUCCUAUCUCUGGAGAUGAGAUAGCAGAGCAAGGAUUGAUGUCUAGAGAAGACUAUGAGGAGGUCAAAAGUAGAGCUCUUGCACUUUUCAAGUUUGGCCAGGAGGUGGCUCGGAAGCAUGGGUUGUUGUUGGUAGAUACUAAAUACGAAUUUGGCAAGACAAGUGAUGGGACCAUUGUUCUCAUUGAUGAGGUUCACACUCCAGAUUCUAGUCGUUACUGGAUAGCAGCCUCUUACGAAGAAAGGCAGCGGCAAGGACUAGAGCCUGAAAACAUCGACAAGGAGUUCUUGCGCCUGUGGUUCAAGAGUCAGUGCGAUCCUUAUACUGCUGAGGUAUUGCCUGAGGCACCCAAGGAAUUGGUGUCAGAGCUUUCUUGGAGGUACAUAGUGUUGUAUGAAACCAUUACUGGAACUAAAUUUGUGCUGCCUGACGUAAAGGAAAACCUGCACGACCGUAUUAUACGAAAUGUGCAAGAUGCUCUCAGCCUUUUGUUGUAGUGAUGUCAUUAAAAUGGGUAAUUUUUUUCGCGUGCUAUUGGUACACACUUUGGAUGAGCUAAUGCAGUUACAGGAUAUAGCAAAUAGCACCGACUGACGUAAAUUGAAGAGGGAUAAUUGAAGUGCCUGGUGAAGUCAAUCCCAUGAACAACUUCAUGCAAAGCUAGUGGUACUAAAUUAGUCGGGACGGUCUCAUCAUCUUGAGUUCAACAAUUGAUUACCUCCUGUGAAGAGUAGCUGGUUGUUGGACUCGGUAUGAUAGCGGUCUUCAGUGAGUGUUGAGAAAGGCGUCGCACCUUCUCCGGUGCAACGCGCUUGCUAGGAGUCAACUUUUGCCCUAUCGUCCUCCAGUUUUUUUGCCAGUCCCGAACCCAUUUGAAUAAUUGUUAAUCAAUUGUAAAUUGUGGUCCUCAAAAUGGUUGCAUUCUCAACAUCAGCAUGUUAUAAAUUAGAAUAUUGCGGGUGCCGAUGUAAUGUUUAGGAAAGACGCGGUUUGAUAGAACCUCCUGUUUCCUUGCAGCACUGGAUGCCCUGUAUAGA